UGGUCUUCGCUUGGUAACACCCUAGUACGCCCCUGGUGGAGCCGUGUUUGGCUUGUCCAGGAGAUUCUCCUGGCCCGCAGAGCAGUUGUUGUAUACGGCUGGUGGUGUGCAGAAUGGGAUGAAUUCAAAAGGGCUAUCCCCACAAUGAUUUGUUGCCUGGAUUAUAUGGACGAAAUCACGGAGGCAAACAUUCAUGAACAACCCCAGGAGUUAGUGACGUUUCAGCGCAGCAUGGCGUUUAAGCUCCGCUUACAAGCAGGAGAUACAGCGGACUUGCCACUCCCUGCGGUUAUCCAAGAACAAGUUCUCCACAGACUCUUGAGACGGAAUCUAUGGUUUUCUGGGGAUACUAGAGACCUUAUCAGGCCGCAUCUUGAUGCAGGUUGA